AACUUCCUUCCUUUUAUGUGUUUCUCAGCCUUCCUCAGAGCCAUAGCACAGCGUCUGUAUAAUUCUGGAGGCAGGCAAAGCUAUUACAGGAUGCAACUCACUGUAUUGAAACAGUUCUUUCCAUAACUCAGACUUGCUCAUCAAUGGCAGAUGAUAUCACUUAUGUGGAUGUGGCAAUGCUACCCAGAGAAAGACCACACGUUCCUUCUCGGACAUCAGUUCCAGGAAACAUGAUCACAUACGCUGAGCUGCGCGUGAAGCCGAAACCCAAAGGGAGCAGCAGAUCACAUACUUCCGCUUCUGUCUGUCGACACAGGUACUCUGCCUGGUUCUAUGUGGCGCUGGUCCUUGGUGUCCUUGUGCUCAUCCUGCUAGGCAUCAUAGCUGUACUGGCCAAGCAAUUUCUGAAGGGCAGGACAGGAAAAACAGAAAGUAUCUCCCAGUAUGGUCCAAACAGCACUGACAAUCACAUUUCUUCAGAGAAGACUGUCUCAGUGGUGCUCGUGAAAUGGCUCAUGGAGGAACUGUGUGAAGAUGGACAGGGAACAACAUGUGAGCUGUGUCCUCCUGGGUGGCAACUACACAGGGCAAGAUGUUACUACUUCUCUGAGGAGGCUGAAAGCUGGGAUGACAGCCAGAGAAACUGUCUGGCCAGAAAAUCCCAGCUUCUUGUCAUUGAAGAUGAAAUUGAGAUGGAAUUCAUAGACAAUAAAGAGAAGGAUACCAAAUAUAUCUGGAUUGGGUUGAAGAUUGAAGACACAAGGAAACAGCGGAGUUCAGUUGAAGAUCGUAGAGUAAAAGAAAACAGUCUUAAUAUAGACGGAAUUGAGACUCGCAAGAACUGUGCUGUUUACAGAAGAAAAAACAUGAUCCAAGCAGAUAACUGCCAGACUUUAAAGAAGUGGAUCUGCAAGAAGAACGCAACUUUGUUGGUACUCUGAGACAAAUUGUCAGACAACAGGCAGAGCUUUUUGUAGAAUAUCCAUUUUACUGGUAAAAACUGUAAUGUAAAUAAUUUUAAGAGACUUGCACAGGAAUUUGCAUUUCGCUGCUCUGUGCUCCCUAAGACUUUGUCUGAUGCAAACAGGGAACUCAGAAGUUGCCAGAUGUCACCAAGAGAACUGCACAUUCAUGCAAGAGAGAUGCAAGUCAGCACAUUUGGAUUUGAGGGUGCUGAGCCUUCCCACAGGCAGAUGUUGGCAGCAGCUGCCUCUACAAAAGGGCAGGGGAGAAGAGGUACUCAUGUGAGGAGGAGCACUGGGCACAUGAAGUGCGUGAUGUGGAGGAGACAUGCCAUCUGUGGGGGUUGAAGAGAAUAUUGGAGCCCACAGCUGUUGUACAGAACCCUCAGGCAGCCACUGCUGAGCUGAGGCACUUCUUAUUUGGGUUUCAAUAUUUUAGUGUUUUCUGAAGUCUGCAUCUUUUUUUUCCUUAAAGUCUCAUUAUGACUUACAGAAGCCACUUCAGGGCUGGGAAAAAUGCACUUACUAGACAGUGUUUUGUACUUAUUCAGAGCCAACCUACAUAGCUACUGGGUAUACAGAUACCAGACAAAGCACAAAUAGACUCUCAGCACCCUUGGUUAAAUAAGCUGAUGGCUCCCGUUUUCUGAUGUUGAACUUUAGGAUCUAGAAGAAAGCUCUUAACAAUGGAACGGGCUUGGACCAUAAGACAACAUUGCAAUGCAAGGAAAUGAAGACGAUAGCUUGCCUUUCUAUCUAUAUUUUGCCCCAUUACAUUGCAAAUUUUUAAACGUGGAACCAUAGUUACCACCUUGAAGGCUGGUGAAAUUAAUGCCUCUGGGUGCACUUGGUCAAUACUUUACUUGGGCAUUCAAGUGCCAUGGAUACAUGCUGUUUCUGGUUCUAAUACAAAAAUGCAAGAGCAGUUGACUUAGUACCUUUAUUAGAUUCAUAUAUUUGAAAAAAAUGAGUGCUCUACUAGGCCUUCAGGAUACUCAGCAGCCUCUCCUCCUGAGACUUGCUGGGUCUUCAGCUUCUGCCUGAGUUCUGUCAAAGACAUACCUGCCUCCAGUCCUGUCCUAGCUCCAGCAUGAAACAUCUGAGUCCUACCUAUUCAACAGAUUAGGACAAUUCAGAUGGUAAUUCAACCAAGUUUUCCUUUGAAUAAAAUAUCAAACAAUUCUUCUGUGAAAGCUAAUAUUCAGAAAGCUCAAAAGUUUGUCCCCUUUCUAAACUGUGGGUCAUAGAAUUAUGCAAUAAUUUAUAGUAGAAGGGACCUCAAGGCAAGAUUCUAAGUUCCCAGAAUUUUACUAUAAUUAUAUGUACUUUUACACUAGCCAUGUGGAGUAAGCAGUGUUUGGAGAAAAAAACCAACAAAACCAAAACAACCAAAAUCAACCCAAAACUUAACAUUAAAAUCCAAGGUGCGGCUCUAAGAAAAAAAACCACACAGACUGGAAUUUGAAGUGUACAACCUUUAGAUCAUACAUGCUAGGAUAUACAUAAAUAAAGGCAUCUGCAUUUUCCCAGCCACAUUGUUUGCAUCCUGCUCCAGAUGUUUUGUGCCCCUGUGUAAGGCUGAGGUCAAUGUCUAGCAGGUUGUGAUAAAUAGAUAUGCUUGCACAUGAGCUCACGGUGUGAAGUACCUUGGCUUUAGCAAGCACCUGACUCCAGCUGCAGAACAAAAUGCUCAUGAGCAGUAUUGUAACAUCAACAGACUGACACCCCUUCAUCUAUGGACAGUGGUGGGUAACACCUGACUUAGUUACGGACAGACAGAGAUGCCAAUAAGGUAGCAGGUGCAUAAAAGUGAGAGCUGAAAAGCCGUAGAGAUCUUCAGUGGAAAGACACCAAACACAACCAUAAAAUGAUAGAAUGGCUUGAGUUGAAGGGACCUUAAAGAUCAUCCAGUUCCAAUCCCUCUGCAAUGGGCAGGGACAUGUCCCACUAGAUCAGGCUGCCCGAGGUCCCAUCCAGCCUGGCCUUGAACACCUCCAGGGAUGGGGCAUCCACAGCUUCCCUGGGCAACCUGUGCCAGUGCCUCACCACUCUCAUCAUGAAGAAAUUCCUCAUGUCUAGCCUAAAUCUACCCCUCGCCAGCUUAUACCUAGUGCCCCUAGUCCUAUCACUACAUGCCUUUGUAAACAGUCCCCCCCAGCUUUCUUGUAGGCCCCCCUUCAGGUACUGGAAGGUUUAAUUAUAUUAGUUAUAGCGAUAAGGCUCAAAUACUAGAUGUUUCAUGAAUAUUGUUAGAGCCUAAACGCCACUACCAAUCUGAGAGGAGCCAGGUCAGGAGUUUUUUCUUAUUAAAUUCAGCAUGACUUGAGAAAUACCUACCAUAAAACCAGCAAUUUUUCAGUUGCA